AUUCUUAAUGAUAAGGGAUUAAGAAUGACCACCAAACAAAACUGAUGGCCUUAGGAUAUAGCAGACCCUCCUUAAAACCCUUUCAGUGUGCAUGAUUUACGAGAAAACCACUUGUUCAGAAUCCGAAUCCUAAAACCUCCUAUCCUUUCAUCACUACAAUGCUUAUCCUGCACACCUACGCACCGCCUCUUCCAUUCACCCAGAUAUCCAACUCCUCCACCUACCAUUUGGCGCCAUUUCCGGCUGUUAAGGUUUCUAUACCGAACAUCAUUGGACCCAGGACCUCAUUUUUUAUUAUGAAGGCUAAAAAAUUGCAGAGAGAGGUUGAUAAAGAUGAGGAAAAAGAAGAGGCUGAAAAGGCGUCGCGUGGAAGAACUAGAGGGAAAGAACAAGAGAAAGAUUACGAUAGAGACCCUGAAUUCGCGGAGAUUUUGGGAAGUUGUCUGGACGACCCGCAAAAAGCGCGAUCCAAAAUGGAGGAUAGACUGAAGAAGAAGAGGGACAAAAUAUUGCAUGCAAAGACUGGCGCAGGGACUCCUGUGAAAGUGACUUUCAACAAAUUUGAUUUCUCAAACUCAUAUAUAUGGUUUGAAUUCCACAAUAUUCCGUUGGAAAAAGAUAUUUCCUUAAUUUGUGAUGCAAUUCGAGCAUGGCAUAUCAUUGGGCGUCUUGGUGGAUGCAAUUCCAUGAAUAUGCAAUUAUCACAAUCUCCAAUGGAUAAAAGACCAAGUUACGACUAUAUUGGGGGAGCCAAUGUUACACCAUCCACAUUUUACAAUAUUGGGGAUCUUGAGAUUCAAGAAAACUUAGCACGUAUAUGGGUGGAUAUUGGGGCCCCUGAACCUCUGCUUCUGGAUGUUUUGAUUAAUGCCUUGACACAGAUAAGCUCUGACCAUGUUGGAAUAAAGCAACUGGUGUUUGGUGGAUCUGAAUUUGAGAAUUGGAAGGAGAACUUGACAUCAGAAGAUGCAGGGUGCAGUAUUCACAAGAUUUAGGGUUCUUGUCUCAACAACGUAGCUCUUACCCAAUUUUCCUGGUAUGAAAUCGAAGUAGUUGUAGUAGAAUAGGCUCACAGUUCCGGAUGUCUUCCAUUAUGAAGCUCAUUGCAAUAUAAUUAUGACCAUAGAGAGAAAAACCAAAACUUUUUGUAUUUGUUUGUAUUUCACUAGCAAACAUUGUCACAUUGACACACGGCCGUGAAAUUAAGGAGUCACUGUCUGAAAACAAUAAUUGUUAACACUAUAAAUGACUUUAUGAUUAAAAGGGUCUUGCGGAUGAGGAAGAGAA